AUGGCUUCAUGGGACAACGUUGUUGGAGGCACUAAUUCUAGUACUGGAUUAUCUGUUUCAUUCUUUCUCACUGGGAUUCCUGGCUAUGAGAAUGUUCAUCAUCUUAUUUCCAUUCCGUUUUGUGUGUUAUAUCUGAUUGGAAUUGUGGGCAACUGUACAAUUCUGCGUGUCAUCCAAACUGACAAGAGUCUCCAUGAGCCUAUGUAUUAUUUCCUAUCCAUGCUAUCUCUCACUGACAUGGGCAUGUCUAUCUCUACCCUACCCACCGUGCUGAGAAUCUUCUGGUUUAAUGCUAGGGAGAUUGAGAUGAACACCUGUAUUAUCCAGAUGUAUUUUAUUCACACUUUUUCUCUGAUGGAGUCAGCUGUGCUCUUAGCUAUGGCUUUUGAUAGAUAUGUUGCCAUAUGCGAUCCUUUGAGAUAUUCCAGCAAACUUACUCCACAGCGCAUAAUCUACAUAGGGGUUCUCAUUUUAAUCAGAUGCUCUAUUGCUCUUCCUAUUAUUCUUGUUCGUAUCCCUACCUUUUCCUUUUGUCGCUCCCAUUAUCUCUCACACUCAUUUUGCUUACAUCAAGAUAUCAUUCGAUUAGCUUGCUCUGAUAUUUCAUUCAACAUUUUGUAUGGGUUGUUUGUUAUUGCAUGUUAUUGGGGUGUAGAUUCUCUAGGAAUCUUUAUAUCAUAUGCUUUUAUUCUCCACUCAGUGCUACGCAUUGCAUCUAAGGGAGGGAAACUCAAAGCUCUUAAUACGUGUGCCUCCCACAUUUGUGCUGUGCUCAUUCUAUAUGUGCCAAUGAUAGGGCUAUCAUUAGUACAUCGCUAUGCAAAACAUUCUUCCCCCAUUAUACACAUAACUAUGGCCAAUAUUUAUCUGCUAGUCCCACCAGUGCUAAACCCAAUUAUUUAUAGCAUCAAGACAAAGCAAAUCCGCCAAGGAUUCUUAAAGAUAUUAUCAAUUAAAAAAAAUGGGCUUACUCACACUUAG